UUUACCUUUAAGUUUCAAGGCUGGGUCACAUCUCUGUCUGGAGUCUUCUGGUUGGAUUUAGGAAGCUCUGGGGCCAGCUGCUUCAGCUGGAGUUUUCAAAGUUCAUUUCUCACCCCUAGACAAUUAAGUCCUGGGAUAACAUCUCGCCGGGGAACCCUCUGAGGUGUGUAGGUGGUGAUACAAUUGCCAGAGGAAAAGAUUGUAUCUACAGAUUGGCGUUGCUUGCGUCUUUAGACAACCUGGAGCGUUUUGAUCAGAGUUUUUGCCUACCUGCUGUGGAGAAGUUGGUCUUUUCUUUUGAUUUGGAAUUUGUGUGUUUGUCUGGUGGUCAGCCUGCUCAGACUUUGGAAAUCUUACACGGCUCAAGAUUUGAUUGGCUGGGAAGGAAAAAAGGAGAUGUCUUCACAAGAGCUGUUAAAAGAUGAUUUGGACCUCAACAGCAACUUGGCUGAUGAAGAUAAUUGGUACAUAUACGAACCAAUAGGAAACCCCAAUGACAUGGCUCCAGAUGUUAUCCCCGAUUGCCAACUUACCAUCCCAUUCGAUCUCUAUCAUUCCUGCAUGGCUCCAAUUUCACUAGUCAUAUUCUUGAUUCUCUCACUGUUGGUGAAAAGGAAGAAACUCUACCCAAAUUGUUGGAAUGGAGCACCCGGACUGUUGAGCCCUGUGAAUUUCUUGGAAGACGUGCAGAACAAAGGAUUGGUCAUUGCAGUUUUUGGCAUCCUCUUCUCUUCGUUAUGUGUGCUGAUGCUGGAUAAUAACCCCCUGCCUUUCAUCUCUGACUCCUCAAUACAGAAUCGAGAGUACUGGAAGAUGCUGGCUUUACUCUAUUAUCCUGCCUUCUACUAUCCCUUACUUGCAUGUGCUACAGUCCAACACAGAGUUGGAUACCUCCUUGGCUGUCUGCUGUCCUGGUGCCACUGUGUGCUCUAUAUCUGGCAGAAGGUGGAAUGUCCUCAAUCACCCAAGAUUUAUAGAUACUAUUCCCUGCUUUCUUACCUUCCUAUCAUUCUGUGCCUUGCCGUGCUGAGCCUUUGGUAUCCUAUGAAACUGGUCGAGAGCUUCAGAGAGAACACCAAGAUGGUGGCGGAAAAGAUUCCAGGGAGUAGCUAUUAUCAAGAGUAUCUGAAGUGUAUCCUGGCUAAAAGAACACCAAAGAAAAGCACCAGUCGAGCGAAGCCCAGCUGGCUUUCAAGCCUCCAAUCUUACCUGCGUUCAUUUGUAUACACACCCCAGGAAGGCUUCCAGAUCCCACUGAAGCUGGCCCUCUCUCUAGCCAUGGCUGUGAUAGCUGUCUACCAGGUGGCUCUUCUUCUGCUUGCAUCAUUCAUCCCCAACAUCCAGAUCAUAAGAUCUGGGAUGACAAAAGAAAUGACAGCCCUCUUUGUCCAGUUUGGCAUAAUCCCCUCCGAAAAACCUGCCAAUAUCCCCGGAGACAAAGAGGUGGCAACAGCUAAGCACUACAUCUGGUCACUGGAAGUGUGCUUCAUCUCUUCCCUGGUCUUCUCCUGCCUGUUGACCUUCUGCAUGUUAAUGAAGUCCCUGAGAAACCACAGGACUAAUCUCCAGUGUCUCUACCGAGGGGCGGUUAAAAAUGUUUUUUAUCGUUCCUGUAAACUCCAGCCUUCCCAGCAGUCUCUCAUAUGCUGGAUGUAUUUUGCGGGUUUCCAGAUAUCCUUUGCCUGCCUAGCUCUGCUCAUCCAACACGUUGUCUUCUUCAUUUGCAUCGUGAGUUUCACUUUCCUGAUAGCUGUCCCACUGCAGUCAGGCACCAAUAUGCAUCUUUUCAAAAUUGUGGCGAACAUGUGGCCCUUCUGGUUGACCUUGGGAGUUUCAGUGAUUGCCCAGAACCUGCUGGCUCAUUACUACUUUCUGGAGCGGGACCAUCUUCCCAGAGAGCUGACCAACAGGCGAGCCCUUUACGUUGUGACAUACAUGUUUUUCCCAAUCAACGUGCUCCUGGGGUUAUUGGCAGGGGUCUGGAGAAUGGUGGUGUCUGUGCUUUAUAACAUCCUUCAUUUCUGCCAGCUGGAUGGGAGUCUCCUGAGCCGUGGUGUCGAGGGCUUUGAUCCAGGCUACCGUACUUAUUGCCAUUAUUUGAAAAUUGAGGUCAGCCAAUCGCACCCAGUAAUGAGAGCCUUUUGCCUCUUGCUUCUCCAUCAGCCUGGCCCCCAAAAGAUGCAGCGCCUCCCGCCCAGAGAUGCAGAAGCAGGAAUCAAGCUCAUGAAGACCAUGAAUUCAGCACUCAGAGCAUCAAAGGGCCAACAGAACCGGGUCCGAUGGGGCCUGGCAUACACCCUCAUCAACAACCCUUCUUUGCUGCCCUACCGAAAAGGGGCUCUUGUGGAUGCUACAGUUAAUGGGACGAAAGCCAGCAUCACAAAGCCUUGAUGGAACUAGCAAGCAUUCUUGGAAGCAGUGGACUUCCAUCAGUGGAGGAUGGAAGGAUGCCAUGAUGAGUUUUCUUCUGGGGUUCUUCAACUUCUUCCCAUGCCUCUUUCAGGCCUAUGCAUAUAUCCUGACCUGUUUAUAGACUUAGAAGACAACAGAGGCUUAGUGGCCCUCCCUUCCUUUCCCCACCCCACCCCGGGGCAAACAGUCCUUGAUGGGCAUGAAAAACAAGCAAGUAUCUGAAUUGACCCAACGCUGGUCUUUCUCUCUCUGUGACAAGAUGGUCCUUAGUGCAUGCCCUCCUCUUUUUUGAUAUGAGAAAUCUGGCAUUGUUGCCCUUCAAAUUUCUCAAGUUUCCAGGCCUCCUGAAGUGAAUGGCACAUCCUAAAUCUUGGGGGCUCACUUUUAGGAAGAAAGGAAGCCAAUGCUGUAGGUUUAGACGUCUGGGUUAAAAGCAGAACAGAAACUGGAGCAGUCCACAAAAUGGGGAUUUGAGGGUUUUGCAAAUGUGAGUAAUGGGUUCCUUUUGAAUGUUAGGGGUGGGUGGGGUGUGAGAGGGAGAAUUUAUAUAAAUGCAUUGAACAAACUGUCAUAUCUUAGUCUUUUAAAUUCCCACAUACACUGUUCCAAACUGUCUGGAUGUUUAACAGGACCAUUGCGAUUUCUCCAUGGAAUUAAAAGUGUUGGAUUAUAAAUAUGGGGAAGAACAGGGGGCUGGACAAUCAAAAUAUGAUGCAGAAGAAAAAACAUAUUUCAGACAUUUUAAUCCUUCCAGUUCUGAUCAGUUAUAUUGAUAAAGUCCCUACACAGUUCAGUUAUUUUCAACAAUCCCUCUUCAUACCUAGACAUGGAGAUGCUUCUCCUAAUUCUUACCUUGGCACAUGAGGGUUCCUUCCCAUCUCCUCAAAAUUUAAAACAGCUGCAGUAGCAGGAGCUGCCCAGAUGAAUUUCACACCUAGUUAAUGUAGAGUAAUUAAGGAAUACAGAAACCUGAUUUCUACUAUUAUGAGUAAUAAAUGAAACCUCAUUGUUAGUCUCUUGGAGAAGGUGUGUUUUUGUCAUCUUCUCCUGCACAUCAGAGGCAUCUUUCUUGGCCCAUCAAGUCGAAUGCUGGAAGGGUGCAUUUAAUGGGGAGGUUGUUUUGAGAAUGCUGGGACUUUAGAGAACGAAACUGGAUAGAAAAGGGUGUAUUUGUAGUCUGGCCCUUGUACAGCCCUUGCUUUGCUGCAGAAGAUCUUUUCCAGGUCUCGCCUGUUUAAAAAAAGUCAGGUAGUAGGGAUGGAAAAAGACUCUUCCAGAAAGACAACACCUUUGACCUGGAAUACUGUGGCUAGAAUUUCCAUUUCCCAAUCUGGAGAAUCUGUAGACAAUCACUUGUUUGCUUCUUCUCAGCAAGUUUUGGAAGAGACUUUCUUGUAAUCUCGCACUACUCUGUAUCUGACAAGGUUGAGCUUAUAUAUCUGAAAGCUCUCCAGCAUCUCAACCAAGUCAGGAUAAGCAUCCUCAAGAGAUCAGUCACAUUUCCCCCCCCCUCUUUUUUUUUCCUACCCCCUAAGGAACAGUUCUGGAAUCUCAGUCUCAAAAGCUUGGAAAGUUUGAGACAGCCUCAGCUCACCUAAUCAAAGUGUGGCCGGUCUGGAUUUUGGAUGUUUUUUUUCUCAUUGCCAACUUAGCUACUAUUGUUUUUCGUACACAAGAACAUGGGGAACCUGCCCCAGUUCAAGCAAAGGUUCUUGAUCUAGAACAGAGGUGUGAAACCUUUGCUUAAACUGAGAGCUGCCAAGGGCCAUGCUGCAAAAAGUGGGUGGGGCCAGGGAAAGACAGAAGUUGGAUUUUCUACACAACCCCAGAUUGCAAAUAUCUUAGCUAUAAUAGUUAAGCAAGCAGAA